AUGGAAGCUUGUCACUCUCCACAGCAAUCCAGUGUCACUUCAUAUGGGGCCAUGGCUUUGGCCAUCAUCACCCUGGAGGCAUUUCCUGGCAUGUGGAUAAAUGCCUUCCUGGUUUGUGUGCUUUGCAUUGCCUGGGUGAAAAAGAAAAUCUUGAACUCUAAUGAGAAGAUCUUGCUGCUGCUGGGAUGCUCCAGGUUUUGCUAUUUGUGCUUCUCAUGGGUAUAUUGCUGCCUUUCAACAACUUAUCCCAAUUACCUUCAUGUUCAACCCACAUUCCAACUAAUUAUAUUUUUUCAAAGCUUUUUUAAUUGUUCCAACUUGUGGGUCUCAGCCUCUCUUUCUGUUUUUUAUUGUAUAAAAAUUGCCAAUUUCAGGAACAGCUUCUUCAUCUACCUGAAACUAAAAACAGACAGGAUUGUGUCCUGGCUUUUGUUGACAUCAUUGCUUUCAGCCUUGGCUAUCGGCAUCAUCGCCUAUGACAUCGCUGUUACACAGCUCAGUAUCAACCGCAAUUCCACCGGGCAAGGAAAUUUUUCAAAAGUUAGAGGCAAAGUGGAUGAAAAUUUUUUCCAGAUAUAUUUUAUCUAUGGCUUCGGAAUUAUCACAUCUUUCACAGCAGUCAUCUCUUCUGCCCUUCUCCUUCUCUUUUCUCUCUGGAGACACAAAUGCAAGAUGCAGAAAAAUUCCAUGAACAGCUUCAGUAUGGAUGCCCAUAUCAAAGCCAUGAAAUCUAUUCUCUCCUUUUUUAUAAUGUAUAGUAUUAACUUCAUAUUUUUGAUCCUGUUACCAAUUAAUUCAACAAAGAAAGAAAAUUAUGUGGCAUUUCUUAGUUUACUAUUUCUGUAUGCUUUUCCAGGUGUUCAUUCCCUUAUUCUGAUUUUCAGCAAUCCUAAGCUGGAAAAGACACUGAUAAGGAUUCUAUCCUGUGUCAAGUGCAAGGAUUGCAUGAGGUAG